UCAGCACAUAUUUAUUGAACACCUAGAUCCUAGCCCAUGUAUAAGAGCUAUAGGAGAACAUUAUCCAGGAUGGCAUUUUUGGUGAUAAUUCCAUGAUGCAAAACCUUUUACUUCAUUAUGCCUCAAGUAAAAUGCUUUUUAGAUUUCCACUGAUAAUAACUCUACUUGGCUGGGCACAGUGGCCCACGCUUGUAAUCCCAGCAUUUUGGGAGGCAGAGGCGGGUGGAUCACCUGAGGUCAGGAGUUCAAGAUCAGCCAGGUGAAAUCCCGUCUCUACUAAAAAUACACAAAUUAGCCAAGCAUGGUGGUGCGCACCUGUAAUCCCAGCUACUCGGAAGGCUGAGGUGGGAGGAUCGAUUGAGCGUGGGAGGUAAGAGGCUGCAGUGAGCCAAGAUCACACCACUGCACUCCAGCCUGGACAACAGAGCAAGACCCUGUCUCAAAACAAACAAACAAACAAACCAACCAACCAACCACCCAAAAAACAAAGCUCGACUUUCCCCCAAACAACUAAAUGAUUAUAGGCAUUUCUGUAGGAAAUUUAGACAGGGCUUCCAAACGCUGUUAAAGUUAUGUUGAAAAUCCAAGAGGCUGAAAGAUAUCUGACUAUAAGAAAGACAAAAAAAAAAAAAAAAAAAGACAAAAAUCUACGUGAAUAGACGGGAGAGCGCCGAGCGAAAUCAGAAGACUAGUUGUAUUGUGAGGAUCACCUCAGGUAACCAGCACUCACUGGGUAGCCCUGGUUUACUAACUUCAACUUUCUGGGGCUCCAUUUCUGAAUUGAGGGGAUCAGAAAAAGGCAUCUCUAAAGACCCUCCGUUCCCGAGAACCCUCCCGGAGCACCUUCCCUACUCUGGGCAGCUCGCAGACAGACAAGACUGAUCGGCCAUAGGCGAAGGGAGACCCUGGUCCCCCAGGUCUCGAGCUCCGUCCGCACGUAAUCUCACGGUACUGCACUUCAAGUCAGCGUGCGGAAACGCAGCAGUGGGAGUCCGGCGGCGGCCGCCCACCGGCAGGGGACAGGAGAGGCCCGUCCCGCUCUGUCCGGAACCGAAGAUAGCUGGGUCUGGAGUUCGGCUCCGGGAGGCCCGCGGAGCAGCCCACCCCGUCCCUCGGAGCUCGCCCUGCCCCCGGCCGGCCACUUGCUGCACGCCGAUUGGUCGCGAGGGGCGCCCGGCGUCCCGCUGCGCCCAGCCAACGCCCUCUCCCCGCCCCCUCGCGUCCCGCCCCGCCCCCGGCCGGCCACUUGCUGCGCUCCGAUUGGUCGCUGCGGUGCACACGGCGCCUCGCCCCGCCUCACCGGCGCUCUAUCCUCGCGUCGGCUUCCAGCUCCGGGCUCCCGGGGCUGAGGUGGAGCCGCGGGACGCCGGCAGGGUUGUGGCGCAGCAGUCUCCUUCCUGCGCGCGCGCCUGAAGUCGGCGUGGGCGUUUGAGGAAGCUGGGAUACAGCAUUUAAUGAAAAAUUUAUGCUUAAGAAGUAAAAAUGGCAGGCUUCCUAGAUAAUUUUCGUUGGCCAGAAUGUGAAUGUAUUGACUGGAGUGAGAGAAGAAAUGCUGUGGCAUCUGUUGUCGCAGGUAUAUUGUUUUUUACAGGCUGGUGGAUAAUGAUUGAUGCAGCUGUGGUGUAUCCUAAGCCAGAACAGUUGAACCAUGCCUUUCACACAUGUGGUGUAUUUUCCACAUUGGCUUUCUUCAUGAUAAAUGCUGUAUCCAAUGCUCAGGUGAGAGGUGAUAGCUAUGAAAGCGGCUGUUUAGGAAGAACAGGUGCUCGAGUUUGGCUUUUCAUUGGUUUCAUGUUGAUGUUUGGGUCACUUAUUGCUUCCAUGUGGAUUCUUUUUGGUGCAUAUGUUACCCAAAAUACUGAUGUUUAUCCGGGACUAGCUGUGUUUUUUCAAAAUGCACUUAUAUUUUUUAGCACUCUGAUCUACAAAUUUGGAAGAACUGAAGAGCUAUGGACCUGAGAUCACUUCUUAAGUCACAUUUUCCUUUUGUUAUAUUCUGUUUGUAGAUAGGUUUUUUAUCUCUCAGUACACAUUGCCAAAUGGAGUAGAUUGUACAUUAAAUGUUUUGUUUCUUUACAUUUUUAUGUUCUGAGUUUUGAAAUAGUUUUAUGAAAUUUCUUUAUUUUUCAUUGCAUAGACUGUUAAUAUGUAUAUAAUACAAGACUAUAUGAAUUGGAUAGUGAGUAUCAGUUUUUUAUUCCUGAGAUUUAGAACUUGAUCUACUCCCUGAGCCAGGGUUACAUCAUCUUGUCAUUUUAGAAGUAACCAGUCUUGUCUCUCUGGCUGGGCACGGUGGCUCAUGCCUGUAAUCCCAGCACUUUGGGAGGCCAAGGCGGGCCGAUUGCUUGAGGUCAAGUGUUUGAGACCAGCCUGGCCAACAUGGCGAAACCCCAUCUACUAAAAAUACAAAAAUUAGCCAGGCAUGGUGGUGGGUGCCUGUAAUCCCAGCUACCUGGGAGGCUGAGGCAGGAGAAUCGCUUGAACCCGGGGGGCAGAGGUUGCAGUGAGCUGAGUUUGCGCCACUGCACUCUAGCCUGGGGGAGAAAGUGAAACUCCCUCUCAAAAAAAAAGAAAGACCACUCUCAGUAUCUCUGAUUUCUGAAGAUGUACAAAAAAAUAUAGCUUCAUAUAUCUGGAAUGAGUACUGAGCCAUAAAAGGUUUUCAGCAAGUUGUAACUUAUUUUGGCCUAAAAAUGAGGUUUUUUUGGUAAAGAAAAAAUAUUUGUUCUUAUGUAUUGAAGAAGUGUACUUUUAUAUAAUGAUUUUUUAAAUGCCCAAAGGACUAGUUUGAAAGCUUCUUUUAAAAAGAAUUCCUCUAAUAUGACUUUAUGUGAGAAGGGAUAAUACAUGAUCAAAUAAACUCAGUUUUUUAUGGUUACUGUGAAAAGACUGUGUAAGGCAGCUCAGCACCAUGCUUCUCGUAAAAGCAGCUUAAAUUAUCCACUGGGGUUAUCUUUUGACAACUUGUCAUUAUCUGAUGUUACACAAUUCAAUAGCAAGCAAGUUUGAGACAAUCGCAGUUUAAAAGCAUGAACCAUUUAACAAAAAGUGGAAUAAUUAAAGCACUUCUUCCCAAAGGGAAUUAUCACCUAGUGAAAAAUUAUGCGUUUCAUCUACUCAGUUACCAACUGCAAGUCUCUCCUCGCUCUAGCUCUCAAGCUUUGGGUGAAUACUCCUGUGAAAUAUAUCUUCAACUUGAAAGUUCAUACUCCAAUCAAAAACUCCUUUUACUGAGUUUGCAGUACUGUAUUUGCACUGUUUGUAUUCCUCUGGGCCCUUAUUGCUACUUUUGCUUUCCUUUGUUACAUAGAUUUUGUGUUGCACUUUUUCUCCAGAGGGGUGUUGUAGAGCCUUGGUUGUAUGAAUAAUACCAGUGGUAGUGUCCACGGCUCUAAUGUAAGCCCAUUUGGCAUCACUCCUCUCCUCUCUCUGAGAGGAUUUCUUGUGCACAGAGUAUGAAGCAGUUGUGGAGCACUGUGCCUUUGUCAAGAUACCAUCUUGUUUGAUGACUUCUUUCUUUGCUGUUUUUUCUUCAAAAUGUUAGUAAGCUCUGUCAUGCUUCUAACAAAUUGUAAGACUAAUUAUUUGUUUCCACCUCAUAACCUGUUGCAAUAAAUAUUACUUCUCAUACA